AUGUCGUUUCCACACUAUUUUUCCUCCGUUGUUUUAUCGUUCAUCGUUUUCAUUCUCUUUGUUCUGAUAACUCCAACUCAACACGACCUUUCUUUUACAUAUUCUUUUUCAUCGCUGAGUGUCAGUGGAAGUAAUCAACACAUCGACAUUCCAUCACUUGAUGUAUUCAACACCAAGUUUACACACAAUAAGUCGACGGGUAUGUUUUAUUACAAAAAUAACUACAUUGACGUUUCCAAAUUCAAUUACAGUGGGGUAUGUGGUGAUGUCUUCAAAUAUGGUCCAAAUACUAAAAGGGAUUUGGUUAUUGGGUCAUAUGAUUUCAAAAACAAAUGUAUCAAAGAGUCUGUUUUCCAAGCACUUGAAAUGACACGAAUUGCAAUGCCCGAUUGUCGAAUUGUGUUUCUACUUUUCAGUUCAAUACCAUCAACUUGUGUUGGUAAUUUUAAAAGGCUUUCAGACCUCCACGUCGAGACUUAUAAAGUGACAAGACACCCCUUCCAAGAUGCCGUUGUUUUUAGAUUCAUUGCAUUCAGAGAUUAUAUAACAAAACACAUCAAAGAAAUUGACCGUGUUGUUAUUAUUGACUUCAGAGAUGUGCUAUUCUUUGCAGACUUUUUCAGAACUUUUGGUGCAAAUGAAGUCAAUUGGCUACUUGAGUGCUAUGGUACAAACGACCCAAACGACUGUUUUGGACCAGCCAACUUCCCAGAACACGCAAGGUGGAUACGAAGAUACAUUUCGUCUUCCAUUGCAGACGACUUUGUUCAGAGAAACAUCUCCUCAUUAAAUGGCGGUUUUGCUUUUGGUGGCGCUGAUAAGAUGAAAGAGGUGCUCAACAUAUUAUGUGAUAAUAUGGAUUGGAAAGAAAUGAUGUGGGGGUAUGAUCAAGCAUUACUCAAUGUGUUGUAUUACACUGGAAAGUUUGAAAAUGUUGGACUGCAAGCAGUUGCGUGUCAACAAAGAGUGUGUUAUAUUGGAAUAAAUGGAUUCAGAGUCGAAAAUAAAGUCAUCUAUUGGAACAACACAUUGUGCUCUCCUGUGGCAACACACAAGUUUACAACCAAUUCGACACAUUGGAGGGUCAGGUAA